CGAGGAAGUCGCGCUUGUGGGAUGGGGAGUUCACAAUAACAGCUGAAAUGUCCACUCAAUCCACACCGCCUGUCAUUGAAUGACAGUCACUGAGCGGAAGACAGAGAGGCGUCUCCACCGUGCGGCGCCACGAUUGAUGCGACACAGUACACCUGAGGAGUGAACGAUACCUGCGGAGAGUAGACUCUUCUCCAAAACCAGCUCGCCAACAUGGGGUUAUCACCUUCUAGUCUCCUAGAUGAACAUGGAUCCAACUACAUACGAGGUUGUGCAGAGGCAGAGUUGAAAGAGUUCAGUCCCCACUACAGGACACAGUACUCUGUGGUCUUCUUCUCCCAAGUCCAGGAUGAGCUGGAGCAGCCAAAAGAGAAAAUAAAACAGCUCCUCAAACAGAGGGGUCCUCUGGAGGCGGGGGAGGUGCUGUAUGAGGAACAAGUCCUUCAUUUUGAAGCAACCAGGAAGUGGGAAGAGAGGUACGUGGUGGUGCGUGGCAACUACUGUCUGGAGUGCCACACCAGCUUUGAGACCUUUGUGAAGGGUGUGCCCCCGCGCCACAAGCUGCUGCCAACAGGGGGCACAGUGCUCACCACAGAGGAGAAAUACAUGGCCAUGGUGGACAAAUAUUUCCCUGUUUCUGAAACCAACAAUGAGAAUGAAAAGUUUGCCCCUCCUAUAAUCGGCAUGCCUGGACAGUUCCCUGUGUACCUCAGGCUUCCGUACCGUAGAGAUUACUACUUCUGCUUCCGACAGGAUGCUCGCCAAGCUGAAUUCCUCUCCAUCCUCUCCGACUGCAUCCGCCACCAGAACCAAGACUUCCUAAAGAAGAAGACAGUUGAGGUGCAGGCCUUCCUCAAAGCAGUCCAGCUCUACAGACAGGAGAAGGGCAGCUAUGACUCCUGGAAAAUGCUGAUUGGCAGUGACGUCAGGGUACUGGCCAACCUGGUUAUGGAGGAGCUGUUGCCCUCUUUGGAGAAGGACAUGCUGCCUCAUCUAAAAGCCAGGAAGACAGAGAGGAAGAGAGUGUGGUUCGCUACCGUAGAAGCGGCCUAUAUCCUGGUGCAGGAGUGUCUAUUUGAGGGUAUGUCUGCUCUGAAGGAGGAGUGUAGGAAGGCAGCUCACCAGCAGGAGGUGCUGAUACGCUCUGACAUGGACCAGAUCCUCAACUCCAGAACCUACCUGGAAGGAAAACUACGAGCUAGUGUAUUGGAGUCAGCAGAGAAGUUCUGUUCGGAGAGCGUGCAGCCCUACCUGGCCUCCGUACUGGAGGAGCUGAUGGGACCAAUCAGCUCAGGGUUCCAGGAAGCCCGGCUCCUGAGUGACAGCCAGAUGGACCAACUGUGUCAGGACUUCCAGGAGGGCGGGGUUACCAAUGAACUCAAGCAGGCCCUAGCUAAACUGAGUAGGCCCAAUCUGUUGAGUUGUUACCAGAGGAUCAACUCUCUCCACGACCAGCUGCACGACCUGCAGGAACGCUUUGGCUUCUCCAACAUCAGCAGCCUGGUCCACAGCACCCAGAUAGACCUACAGCAGCUGGUGGAGAAUGCAGCGUACACCUUUCAUCUGCUGCUCUACAAGGACAUCGAGGACAACCCAGGCAACGCGUGCUCUGCCAUGGAGAAGUCCAGGCACAGGGUGCUCAAGCAAUAUGACUAUGACAGCAGUACGGUGAGGAAAAGGAUCUUUCGUGAGGCCUUGGUGGGGAUCACUCUCCCUCACAUCAAGAAGACCCUGGCCCCCACUUACAAAACAGAGCUGCAGGGUCUUAAACAGUUAAUCUACGCAGACUAUUCCAACUUUGUCCAUGUUCACAAUAUCUAUGAGGGCAUUUUGCUGCAGAGUCUGGACAAGGAAGUCAUCAAAGUGGUGGAGGAGGCAGCCAGGCUGAAGAAACACAAUCUGUUCACAGACACCAGAGACCUCCUGAGUCAGUCCAGCUGCUCCAGCAUAAUCUCCACCCCUUUCAACCCCAGCAACACAGCCAGGAUGCUAGGCUUCCCCGGACAGCUCCAGACCCAGCCCCAGCCCGAAGCCGAGCCCCGGCCACCCUCCCUGCUGAGCCAAAGAGGCCCUCCAGGGCCCGGGACUGUGUGAAGGAGAUCCGGGACCUGGUGGUGGAGGAGUUGGGAGUGGAGAAGAUGGUGCAGCGUUACCCAGGUAGUCAUAACCUAUAAGAGAGUGGUGACAAAGAGAGGGGCCUGAUGUCACACAGAGAAUAAAGGAUGACAAGGGCCCCAUUUUAAAAAUCACUGUAAAUGUGAGGAGUAUGGAGAGGUGAUAGACUAUACCCUUGCUGUUGUGGAAACCGACUGAGAUUGCCUUCACUGUAAAAAAAAAAAAGAAGUAAUUUUUAUACAAGCAUUUGCAAUUGUGUGGCUUGAACUUAAUUUGUGUCAUAGAUUUUUAUAUGUAUUUUAGAUGAUUUGAGAACAGUUUGAUAUAUGCCAGUUUAAAUUGUUCAAUAUUAAAUCAAGAACACUGCCGUAUAUUGAAUCGGUCUGAGUAGCAAUGGGAGGGUUCUACAUAUGGCGGGUUUAGGGAUUUUCUGUUCUAUGUACAGCUAUCCCAAUAAGAGAUACAUCCAAAGGCAUCAUGAUUUGAGGAGUAUAUUAUUAUACUGUAUACACAUAGGCCCACUGCAUUGAUUCCAUGAAGAAGAAUGAGCCAUUUCCAAUGGACACAGUUGCUAUGGAGACUGGUCUAGUGUCUUUAUUUCUGAAUACACUUAAGCUGUGUUAAAAUGUCAACACCAUCCAGUGCCUGUACAUAACAUUUUACACUGGCAAUUUGGGAAGGGGCUGUGCAUAUUCACUGUAUAUUUAACAGUUAAUUGCUAGCUAAAUGUAAUUAAUUGAUUGUUUUCAGCUACUUUUGUGCUCCAUAAACUCGGCUAAUUAACCCUUCAGUGCUAAAGGAAGGCAAACACAUUAAAUGUGUUGUAAUUGUUUUAUAGUCAAAUAAAAAGGUUAUUUUAUUUAAAUAAAUAACACACAAGCACUGGA